AUGACGACGAGUGAGAAGACAACCAAGAAGGGAGAAAGCGAGCACACAGAGACAGACGACGAUUCUUCUAAAGAAGACGAGGAGGUGAGAGAAAAAGAAGACAGAUAUGAAAAUCCGAUGCCUCCGUUCCCGAUCAAAUCCCCUACCGAAUGGGGGACGAACGACUUACCGUCGAUGAGGAAGGAACUGCGAAUGCAAUUACAGUUGGCGAUAAAAGCGACGCGAGAGAAAGGAACAACGAGAGAAGAAGAAGAAGAAGAAGAAGAAGAGAAUAAAAAAAAAGGAGAGGAAGAGAAAGAAGAGCGUAAAAAUGAGGAUGAAAUCGGAACGCUGGCGAACGCUUUGGAAGGUUUAGUCGCCGUCGCGGAUGGGAAUUUAUCCUUACUGAUUACGGGAGAUGCGAAAUUCGCAUCCACGCGAUUCGCGUUCGAGUGCAUCGAAAAGAUGGACCCGCAAAGGGUGAGCGUGACAAUCGCGCCGGGGUUUACAAAUACGCGAGAGUUUGACGUGAUUAUAAUUUUCGUGGACAGCGAGAGAGUGCUAGAAGUUGUGGAGGAGACGAAGCUGGUCGUCAAGAGGGUCGGGUCCGAGAACGUGUUCAUAGCGGCGUUCGUGAAGGAGGAUGCGGAGGAGGAGGGAGAAGGAGGCGAGGAGGAGGAAGGAGAGGCGGAAGGAGAGAUGCGAGCGGCUUUGGAAAGCGUGCGGAGUAGCGAUUUGGGUGUGAUGCCGUCGUCGUCUAUGCCGACGGCAGAGGAGGACGAAGAGUAUAGCGACGCACAGAUUGAGAUUUUACGAAACGCGCGAGGGACGAAGAGGGACGUGGAGAAGAACGCGGCGUCGAUACCGGAAUUGAGCUCGAGAGACGUAAUUACGGAGUUUGAAAGGCAAACUUUAGCGAUAGAACCGAUAGAAAUGAGGGAGACGACGACAUCGACGACGAAAAUGAUGAACUCGCCGAAAAAGUCUCCAAAGGGUGGCGGACAAUCGCCGAUGAAAAUAUCUUUCCCGAGCGACGAAGGCAACGAAGACGCUAAGCAAGAGCUAUUCUUGCGCGCGGAAGCGUUGUUAUGGAACAUAGCGCUGAGUAGCGGCAUCGAUCCAUCCAACGCGUGCGCGUUUGAACACGGAGGGAAGAACAAUACUACUAAGAAUAUAAUGACGUUCCAUCGACGAGAGCAAAUAGAGUGGGUGAAGGAAAUCGAACGCGCGUUGGAGAAGAUUGAAGAGGCGAGGUUGAGGCAAGUAAAGAGUCAGUUAGCGAAUGUGUACGUGGAAGCGAGCGGCUUGGACGCGGUAGAGGUUGGGUUGAUCUCGCCGGAAAAGAGAGGGAAGAGAGAAAAUCUCGAGUAA